CUUUAUUUAUACCCUGAUGACUAUUGGAUUCUUCCCUAAAGCCACUCUACUGCUUUCGUUCAUCGGCUCCAUCCAAUUCGUCUUACUCUAUGAACCUUACGUUUUCAUAAUUUCAAUUGAAGACUAUGUUGACAGGAUCGAUUCCUUACUUCGCCUUCGUUCCGAUGCCACCAAGAAGCAUAUAUUAAACUGCUUCAAAACGGAUGAGGAGAACGCUGUUAAAGUUUAGGAAUAUGGAUACUCUGCCAUGAUCACCUUAGCAAUGCCUCAGAUGACGUUGACGAAUACUUUUCCGUUCAUGCAACUUCAGU